CUCUCUCUCUUAAACUCUCACUUCUUCCACUUCAACUUCACCGGAGAGAAACAAACCAACACCCACAUUGUGCUUGUUAUUGUUAUAAUCAUUCUAGAAACAAAUGGACAAGGCUCCAAAGGUGAGGCGUGGAAACAAUGGGUUUUCAAACACAAACAAACGACGACACAUUAAUAAACAAUCUCGACGACACAAACUCUUCGGUGUUUUCACUGCUUCUAUUCGUGGGGACAUUCGAUUCUCGGAGAAAUCGAAGAAGGAGAAGCUCAGAAGCUUGAGUGCCGUGGGGAGGGCGUUAACGACUUGUCAAAUGGCUUGCCAUGUUUCUGAAGAACAGCCACGUCACCCUUCUUCCCCUGUCAUUGCCAACGCCAAGAGAUUUAAGCUUCCUAAGAAUUUUUUUAAUGACUGCAAUGGCGUUCAUCAUGCCUCUGUUCCACGGAAGCUACGCUCAGCCACGAAGAAACUCAGUCGCGAAUCCGUGUUACUUGAUUCAGAAAAGGUGAACCAUAAGAUGAAUGGAAUAGAAUCUCCCAAAAAGGUGAGUAUAAAGAAGUGCAAAGUGAGUGUUAAACAAGGAAUGAGAGGAGAAUGGUCCCCGAGAGAAGGGAUUUCUGGGCCCAUCACAAAAGAUGAGGAAGAGGUUGCGGAGACUCUCUAUGCCUUGGCUGGAAUGUUCCCUUACAAUGGCUCUAAUCAUAGUAGUGGGGCACAAGAUGUGGAAUCUUUGCCAGAUAACUCUUUAGUUUUGCAGGAGUCGGAGGAUAAUGCUAGUGCUGCUCUUGAAGUCCCGGCAACUGCUCAGGGUGCAAGUCCUUGUUGUCCUGAAAGUUCACCUAGAGAUGCUUCAAAAAUUGUUUGUUUGAAUGAAUCUAUUGGUCAAGAACAGCCUAGUUUGCUUGCGAGUGCAGAGUUCUUGAUGCCAUCCCAUAGUAUUUCUUCAACAAUGAGAUUUCAGACCAUGUCUGUGAUGGUUAAUGGUGAAAAUAGCAACAAAGUUGCAUUGCAUGACUCAGAGUUAUGUCUUGCAAUGGGAUUAAAUAUCCCUAGACAAUCACGGAUUUCAGAAAAUGAGAUGAAAUCAGAUGUAGAAUUUGAGGCGGCAAGAGACAUUAGGCAACAACAGCAUAUGAUCAAGGAACUAAAAGGGAAUGAUGGUCUUGCAUUGUGGCCAGGCUUGUCUGCAGGGGCACCUGCUGGCCAUGCUUAUCUGCAGUCUUCUGCUACUAAAGCACCUGAUUGGCUGGAAGCUGCAAUCUGUACCUACAAACAGGAUUUGAUGGAGACUUCAACUUGUUCUCCUAGUGGAAAGAUUUCUGAAGUUGGGAUUCAUAAGAGAUCAUGGAAGAGAUGUGCAGCUCAUGUUCACAUCAGUCAUAUCAUCCAGAGUUUAGAGGUGCCAAAAAGACAGGUUACCAAAGAAAGUGAGCUUUUUGAAUGUCAUCAAAUGAGAGCGCAUGAAGGAUCAAAGAGUGGAGUUCUCUUGGAAGUACACAACAUAACCGGAAUGGGAAAUGGAAUUGCUUCAGCUACAGUGAGGAAUCCUCAUAAAAGUAAGAAUGUCAUCCUUCAGCAGCAAUGCCAUUAUCGUGACAUAUCACAGGCUACUCCAACACCUGGGGUGUAUGGCCCUCAAAAGCAAAAUUUUAACUUCUUGUCCUUGUCAGCUGGAAGUAAUGGGUUAAAAGUCGAUAAUAAUUAUAAUAAAAUUGCAAGUAGGUUGGAACCAUUGUCGAAAUUGCAAGUGCCUUAUUUUCAGUCACUAGCACAACAGCAUGGAGUGAUGCCAAUUCCUACGGCUCAGAGUCAGUAUGCCUCGACUUCUUACCCUGAUCAGCUUUCUGUUGCAGGACCACAGGUUCGGAUGCAGCAACCUCAUUACUAUGGUAGCCCGUUAUGUGGAACUCAUUAUAGUCCAACAGUCUUAAACAAACAAGAGCACCAAAGCUACUGGGGGUUGCAACAAGCAGCACAAGGUAGGUCUACAGUAAAUUUCAAUAUUAUGAGGACCCAAUUUCCUAAUUGGCAAAGUGGAAGGCAUGAUUCUUCUGCAGUAAGUCCAUGUGCCCAAACCAUCAUUCCCCGUUCCCCUGCAUCACAAGAAAUAUUUGGAUCCAAGAUUACUUCAAUCUCUGGGCAACAGCAGCAGCUCCUUGCCUCCUUCCAGGACAAAUGGACUAGACCUUCAUCUCCCUUUUGUAUGUGAAGAAAUUAGGGACAGGCUCCCAAAUUGUAGGUCAACAUCGCAUCAAGUGCAAUGGUAAUGUGUUGAGAGAUCAGACUGCGAUUCAUUGGUGUAUAUAUAGGAAGCAGCACAAAACUUAUCUAGUGAAAGCGAGAGAAAUCACCAAUGUUAAUACAUUGUAGCAAGACGUCAAAUUUGAAACGAUCAUGCUCUCAAAUCUUCUCAUUCUCAGAGACGCGUUGCUCUCAUCUAACUGGAAAAUAAAACAUAUACAGCAAUUGUUC